AUGUUCGGGCUGACCGUACUGACUUGGCGAAGUCAGUACCGUAAGAAUACGCACUACAGAACGACUCAUUGCCGUCGACAAAACCUCUAUGCCAUGCCUGAAUCGCAAUGGCGCAUGUUGGCGGAGCCUCCGAUAUCCUUGCUAGACACGCUGACAGCCAUCGAUGACGCCAUCGAUAAGAACGCGGAUCUGGCAGAGGACAUCCUACAGGAGGGGCUUUCUUCCUUCGGUUUGGACGAACGGCCGGCUAUAGACUCGACUUUGAAUUGGCGCGGCUCAGCCAGAUCAAAUGACCUAGCUAAGGCGCACUCGACAAUUCGACAGUUCUAUCGUGACUGGUCUCGGGAAGGGUACAAGGCCGAGGUCGAACCACUCGUUGAUACAAUCAUGGCAGAUCUUAGCGCUCUCUUGCCUGUCCCUCCACGCAAUUCAGCUUGCCCAACACCAUCGCUUCUCUUACCCGGUGCUGGACUUGGUCGCUUGCUCUUCGAACUUUGUUAUCGCGGUUAUCAUGCGACCGGAAAUGAAAUAUCCUAUCAUCAACUGCUAGCCAGCCAUUUCAUUCUCAACUCGACCGGACAUACAGAUCAAUACACCAUCUACCCUUUCGCUACAACAUUUACAAACGUAACUUCUCGAGCAGACCAACUCAAAAGUGUCACGAUCCCUGACAUUCACCCAGGCCGCGCGCUGGAAUCACGCGCCGACUCUGACGGAGUGGUCGGAGAGAUGAACAUGACAGCCGGUGAUUUUGUGCUCGCAUACUCGGAUCCCAAUGUGAAAGAUUCCUUCCAUGGGAUAGUCACCGUCUUCUUCAUCGACACCGCACCAAACUUCAUCCGGUAUCUUGAGACGAUUCGCAACUGCCUCAAACAAGGCGGAAUAUGGAUCAACAUAGGACCACUUUUGUGGCAUUUUGACGGCCGCGAACAACCCAUCGGCAUUGCCACCGAGAGCCACGCCGGACAAGAUGUCCCUUCUUCAAAACCCCAGCCUGCAACUUCACGUGAAAUGGAGGAGGACAAAGGCAUCGGCGAGCCCGGGUCCUUCGAGCUGACCGACGAAGAGGUUUUGCAACUGAUUCCGCGAUUCGGGUUUCGAAUUCUCAAACAUGAGAUCAUCGCCCGCGCACCUCGCACCGACGAAGCCUUUGGGUACAUGCAGGACCCGUCAAGUUUGCUGCAGAGCCGGUACCGCUGUAGUCAUUGGGUGGCUACAAAGCUCUGA